GUGUGUGAGAGAGAGUGAGAGAGAGAGAGGUGCUUUUGUAUGGGGUCUUGAAUAAUGGAUCAAUUUGUUCAAGUAGAAAAUCGUGAAAUGUAUGAUUUUUGAGGGAAGGAUUGGUUUAUUUAGCUGGUUAUUCAUGUUCCUCUUGAGUUUAAUUUUGGUGGGCAGAUGAAAAAUGGGGAUAUUUUUUUGAAGCUAAAAAAUGAGUUAAAUUGCUCAAGAUUGGGUGUGUUUAUUUCUGUCUGUGGAGUUUGCCUUUUUCUGGAAUAUAGGGCCAGCAUGAGGAAUAAAUAGAUUUUUCGAAUAAGAACUGUAGGCACUUUUUUCUUGAGAGUUUUGGGUUUACUAUUUCAGUUAAUAAUUUAAUGUGUUACUUCUGUUGUUCCUUUUGUGGUAUGGAAUCUUACUUUUGCUUCUCUAUUAAGCAAGCAACAAUAGUGUGUGCCAACAGAAAGUUUUGGCUUGUCUCUUUCUUUUGCAUCAUGCUUUGCUAGGUUGAAGGAUAGUUUGGUUUAGUACUACAUGGAAGUCUCUCGAUUGUUUUCCAUUAUCUAUCCAUGAGAAGGCAUUUGUGAAUGGGAUCGAGUGUGAUUAGAAAACGUUGGCAAUUAUGUAUGAUGGGUGCUUGCUUGUAGAGAUAAAAACUUGUGCCGAAAGGCCUCUUCUUUCUCUCUCGUGGUUUUAUAGGAAGUACUUUGAAGCAUUCUUCAGACUGAUUAUGGAAAAAUUGAAGAAUAAGUAUAGAGAAUUUUUCCUUAGCAGAGGUUGUCUUGGAUGUUGUACCAAGCCACCACUUGUAAUUUCUGUGGAUGAGCCAUCUAAGGGGCUCAAGAUUCAAGGCCAGCGCGUGAAGAAACAUAGUUUAACAGAGGACUUUUGGAGCCCCAGUUCGGGUGAUAUGGAUAAUAGUGCCUUUCCAUCUUAUAGAAGUGUCUCGUCAAUCAGCACUUCAAACCAAACACUAGAUACUAACAGUAGCACUGGUGGCACAAGCAGCUCCUCCGAAUUCGUAAAUCAUGGACUUCUUCUGUGGAAUCAAACGAGGCAGCAGUGGGUAGGAAACAAAGGACCCCAGGAACCAGGACAAGCGCAAGAGCCUAAAUUGAGUUUCAACGCUACGUAUGAGAGUUUGCUGGGGACCAACAAGCCAUUCCCCCAACCCAUCCCAUUGCCGGAAAUGGUUGAUUUCCUAGUUGACGUUUGGGAGCAAGAAGGGCUUUAUGAUUGAUGACUAGUGCCAAUUGAGAUGGUAUUAAUAUGUGUCUGUGUGUUAUCCAAAGCUAUAAAACAUAAGUUGUUUCCUCUUUGGUCUAUAAAGCUCCCAACUUUGCCAUAAGUUUGUAAUUAGCUUGUUUUCUUUUCCCAUGUUAUUGAUAUUCACUUUAAAAACACAACCUCUCCUCUCUA